UCACAGAUUAGAAUACGAUUUUUUUUAUUGCUGAUAUUAUUAAUUUGCUAAGCUGUUAGUUAGAAAAUACCAAUUUUAGUGUGUGCAAAGAAAGGAAAUUAACAAUGUCAUUAAAUAGAAGUCCUAUAACAUUGAUCCAGCUUUUAAGAACAGAAACUAAAACAGUCUUCUGUAGAAAUUUCUCUGAAGAACCUCUAGUUAUUAGUAGAGAAGUAGGAAAUAAUGCUAUGGCAAUUCUUAAUAGACCCAAAUCGCUCAAUAGCGUUACACUUCCCAUGCACAAUGAAAUGGACAAGCUAAUAAGAAAAUGGGAAAAAGAAAAAACAUUAGUUUUAAUCAGGGGCGCAGGUGACAAAGCAUUCGGCACCGGUGGCGAUUUGUUCAUAUUUCGGAAAGAAGUGAGGAAAAAUACAAACUACUUAAGGGAUAUCAUUAUAUCUGCUAACGCGACUAAUUACUUAGUAUCCAAAUACAAGAUUCCUAUAGUCGGUUUAAUGAAUGGGCUAACUUUGGGGGGUUCUCUAUCAUAUAUUAUUUUUGCGAAAUAUAGAGUAGCAACAGAAAACAGUAUCUUUGGAAUGCCAGAAGUAAAAUUAGGGUUCCAUCCCAACUCAGGUGCAACCUAUUUCUAUAACAGGUGUGCAGGAAAAUUAGGAUAUUAUUUAGGCUUGACGGGAAAAACGCUACAAGGUUCUGAUAUAGUUAGAGCAGGUUUUGCUACACAUUUCUGCAAAAAUAAUAAUUUGGAGAAGUUACAAAGUACACUUUUAAACUGUACAGAUAAAAAUAGUAUUGAAGAUAUAUUCGAAAAUAUUUGUGAAAAACGCUUUCCCGAAUUUACGUUAAAUCCUAUUAUGGAAAGAAUUACCAACUGCUUUUCUGCAACAACUAUCGAAAAUAUCCUUUUAAAGCUGCAAUCUGAUGGAACACCUUGGGCUAAGGAAACUCUGCACAUUUUAAAUAGGCAUUCGCCAGUGGCCCUCAAAGUUACCCUUAGACAGUUUCUGAAAGGACAAAGCUUGGACUUGAAAAGCUGUCUUGAGAUGGAGGGCAAUAUUUCUAUAAACUUUUAUAAGUAUCCUGAUGUUUUUGAAGGUAUUAGGGUUGUCCUAGAAGAUAGGCACGACAAACCAAGUUGGAAUCCAUCUAAAUUAUCCGACGUGAAUGAAGAAAUGAUCGAUAGAUAUUUUAUCCCAGUGGCUGAAGAUUUACAGAAAUCUCUGUUAAAAGAAGUUGAAGAUAGAACUUAAAGAAUAAUUGGCUUAUAUCUACUUUAAUUCUUAGUAAUAAUAAAUAAGAUCGCAUUUUG